UAAUAAUCAUAAAGUGCCGCCAUUUUGCAACAUUUGUCGCCCAAACAAUUUGGACUUCCUGCUGCCGCUCUUCUAUAAAAAUUAAUAAACAAUGGGAACAUCUUGUCCGUGACCAGGAAGUGAUGCUUUUUUUCCUGAGGAAGCUGAAGGAGGUUUUUGAUGUGACGACGACGACGACGCAGUUAUUCAGGUCACACAUUUGCUGCAUUUUGCUCAUCAGUUUGGACAAGAAGAGGAGGUGAAGGCCUUCAUCGGCUUCCUGAAUCCUUACUCUCACGGGAAGCUUCAUUUCAAAGACUUUUGUCGUGGUGUGUUCGCCAUCUAAGGUUACGAAGAGAUAUUAAAGAUGGUUUUGAGUCCUCGCAAGCUGACGUCUCAGCAAGCAGUUCUGACGGGCAAUUCUUAUCUGAGCCAGCCUUCCCUAGAAAAUAGUGGUCAUGAUGAAGAAAGUGGUGGAAAUGAGGUGUGUGAAAUGGAAAAGUGCAGUGAAAAUGACAACAUGGCAGACAUUCUGGAGCAGGCAUGGCAGAAGUGUGAGGAGCAGUUUGAAGACUACGGGGAAGGAGACGACGUAGAGUACAUUCCAUGCAGCCCAACACCUGACCAGGACAGCCAAGCUCUUUCAGGAUCCUCCCGCCCACCAAGUGGUGGACAAACACCUCAGCGCCAACUGUACACAAGCGAGCUGCUGGACAUUUACUGCUCCCAGUGCUGCAAGAAAGUCAAUCUGCUAAAUGAUCUGGACGCCCACCUUCAGAACGUCAAGGCCAGCAGCCCAAACAGGAAGAUAACCAGCACAGCAUUUGGACGUCAACUGUUCCAGGCCAACCACAGCGUGUUGGAUUGCAGUCAGGGAAGCACCGAAGAUCUGUUAGCCGACAGCUGUGAUCUUAACAUCACUCACAAGGUGAGUUUUCUGGAAAAGAAGGUGACAGAGCUGGAGAGCGACAGUCUGGCCAAUGCAUACCUUAAAUCUAAACUCAAACAAGAAAACACCAGACUUGUUCAUAGGGUGCAUGAACUGGAGGAGCUUACGAAGGAUGUGGAGGCCCAAGCAGAUGAGAGUCUGGAGGAAGAGACUAAGAGACACUCAUGUGUUUACUACAAGAUGGAAGGCGAGAGAAACACAGAGAUAGACUUCCUGUGUAACAGGAUCCAGCAGUUAAAGGAAGAGAAUGAUGACAUGAAAACAAAUGUAAGCAGGUUAAGGUCUCGGACGGAGAAACUGGACCAGGAGAAGCAGAAGAAGCUGGACAAACUGGAGGACACCAGCCUGAGACUAAAAGACGAGGUGGACACACACAGAAGGAUUAUGGCUAAACUUUGGCAAAACCGCCGUGAGUUUCAUAAGGAAAAAGAAUCCAUGCAAGAGCUCGUUGAUGAUCUACGCAAAGAACUGGACUACUUGCAGAUCUUUCAGAGGGACUUAGAGAAUCCUGGGAAGGGCAAAGAGCUUUCUGAAUGCAACACCAAGUCCAGAGAGGUGGAAAUGGAACAGGAGGUGAAGAAACUGAAGCAGGAGAACCAUAAAUUACGAAACCAAAACGACGACCUGAACGCUCAGAUUCUGAGUCUAAGUGUGUUUGAGUCCAGGAGUUUCUUCUCCAGCCACUCUAAGGUGCAAUGUUUGGCUGCUGAGAUCGACAACGCGUCCAAAGAUGAGCUGGUGGAUGCUUCCAAAGCACAAGAGGAGAUCAACUUGCGUCUCAGGAAGUACAUGGACAAAAUCAUUUUGUCCAUUCUGGACCACGACCCCUCCAUCUUGGAGAUCAAGUGUUAAGAUUCUGAACCAUGAUCUAUAUCUUGGAUAUCAAGUGUUAAGAUUCUGGAUCACGACCCUUCCAUCUUGGAGAUCAAGUCUUAAGAUUCUGGACCACGGCACCUCCAUCUUAGAGAUCCAGUGUUAAGAUUCUGGACCAUUAUCUCUAUCUUGGAGAUCAAGUGUUAAGAUUCUGGACCAUGAUCUCCAUCUUGGAGAUCAAGUGUUAAGAUUCUGGACCAUGAUCUCUAUCUUGGAGAUCAAGUAUUAAGAUUCUGGACCAUAACCCCUCCAUCUUGGAGAUCAAGUCUUAAGAUUCUGCGCCAUGAUCUACGUUUUGGAGAUCAAUUUUUAAGAUUCUGGAAAACAACCCUUACAUCUUGGAGAUCAAGUGUUAAAAUUCUGGACCACGACCCCUCCAACUUGGAGAUCAAGUGUUAAGAUUCUGGACCAUGACCUCCAUUUUGGAGAUCAAGUGUUAAGAUUCUGGACGAUGGCCCCUCCAUCUUAGAGAUCAAGUGUUUAGAUUCUGGACCAUGAUCUCCAUCAUGGAGAUCAAGUGUUAAGAUUAUGGAUAGCGGCCCCUCCAUCUUGGAGAUGAAGUGUUAAGAUUAUGGACCAUGAUCUCCAUCUUGGCGAUCAAGUGUUAAGAUUCUGGACCAUGAUCUCUAUCAUGGUGAUCAAGUGUUAAGAUUCUGGACAACGGUCCCUCCAUCUUGGAGAUCAAGUGUUAAGAUUCUGGACCAUGAUCUCCAUCAUGGAGAUCAAGUGUUAAGAUUCUGGACCAUGAUCUCCAUCAUGGAGAUCAAGUGUUAAGAUUAUGUCCCAUUAUCGCCAUCUUGAAGAUCAAGUCUUAAGAUUCUGGACCACUACCCCUCCAACUUGGAGAUCAAGUGUUAAGAUUCUGGACCAUGAUAUCCAUCAUGGAGAUCAAGUGUUAAGAUUCUGGACAACGGCCCCUCCAUCUUGGAGAUCAAGUGUUAAGAUUCUGGACCAUGAUCUCCAUCUUGGCGAUCAAGUGUUAAGAUUCUGGACCAUGAUCUCCAUCAUGGAGAUCAAGUGUUAAGAUUCUGGACAACGGCCCCUCCAUCUUGGAGAUCAAGUGUUAAGAUUCUGGACCGUGAUCUCCAUCAUGGAGAUCAAAUGUUAAGAUUCUGGACAAGGGCCCCUCCAUCUUGGAGAUCAAGUGUUAAGAUUCUGGACCAUGAUGUCCAUCUUGGAGAUCAAGUGUUAAGAUUUUAGACCACGACUCCUCCAUCUUGGAGAUCAAGUCUUAAGAUUCUGGCCCAUUAUCUCCAUCUUGAAGAUCAAGUCUUAAGAUUAUGUCCCAUUAUUGCCAUCUUGAAGAUCAAGUCUUAAGAUUCUGGACCACUACCCCUCCAACUUGGAGAUGAAGUGUUAAGAUUCUCGACCAUGAUCUUCAUCGUGGAGAUCAAGUGUUAAGAUUCUGGACCACGACCCUGCAUCUCGGAGAUCAAGUGUUAAGAUUCUGGACCAUGAUCUCCAUCUUGGAGAUCAAGUCUUAAGGUGAACUGCACUUUUUUUUGGAAUGUUGCUUAUCAUUUACAAUCUUUACUUCAGACAACAACUUAUAUUUUAUAUGCAUUCUAAAUUGUGAAAUACAGCAAGUAGAAAGUGGCUAACAACACAGGUAAAGGGAGUACACUCUUGUGUCCAUAAAGUUAUUUAAAAAACAUCCAAAAAGCACCACUUAUCCUCCAUUUACAUGUUGUGAAAUGAAUAUUAACAAAUAUUAGCGAUAUUGUUAUUAUAAGUGCUAACACAGAGUAACUACUUUUAGUGCCACCCAAAAAUGCCCCUUUUAGGUGGCACUAGCUGACUAGCUGAUGCUACUGGUCUAUUGAGCUGCUGCAUCUCCUCUGUGUUGGUGAAAGUCAAUUCUAGAUGAUAAAUCGCGCCUCUCACCUGGAUGGUACAAGGUUGUGGACAUGAACCCACAAGUUGGUCAACUUUGACAUCCAACUUGGACCAUGAGAAAGAAAGACAAAAAAGUAUGCUAAUUUUUUAACCCUUUGUGAGGAUUAGGAUGAAUGGUUGAUGUAAAGGGGAAUAUAUAAACAUCUCAUCAGUCUUUAUCCCAGUGAGAGCAGACAUUGUGCUGUAAGUAAUUGUUUAAUAAUUCUAGUACAUCUUGUUCAGCACUUAGCAAUACUGCUACAUAAUGCUUAGCGUUUGACUAUAGCUGCGUCCGUUUAACACACAGAUUCUAAAAUUUGUAGAUCAUUCUCCUUUUAUUCAGGCCCAAAAAUAGAAGUUUCUGUAUCAUCAUUUGUCCAAAAGUAGUCUUUGUUGUCUCCCAUCAAGUCUUACAUCAUUAGUAGUGUUGUUGUUGUUGGGGAAGUGAUCGUUGUGAUGCGUUUGUGAAAUUAAAUACUUAAAAUGAUGAAAAUAUGUCAAUCUUACAUGUUAUUAUGAAUGUUACUAGAUACCACAUCUAUACUUACAGAAUGCAUAUAAGAUGUUAAUAGAGGGUUUUUACAGAGCUUUGUAGACAUAAUAUAUGUAUCCCCAUGACCUGCAUGUUAGCCACCUCUUCCUAGCAUUUAUUUUCUUUUAAUUAACUUUUUUUUUUUACUUAUUUUAAUUAACUUUUACUUUUCCUGAGGGAACUUUACUGAAGGAAUAAAUAAAGUACAACUAUCUAUCUAUUUAGGAAUUAGAAUGCAUACAAAAAGAAAAUGUGUGCUCUUGUCUUACAGGAUAAUUGGGAGCAAUUGACCAAAAAGUGCAGUUCCCCUUGCAGACAGAGUUAUGUAGUGUUAUAUUGACCAACAAGUUUUUCCAGUAAUGAAAAGUUUUUGCCAAAAUAAUAGUCUGUGAUUGUGUGCCAUAUUGUCUGAUGUGGCGUUGUUUAGCAGUGCUUGUACAACAGUGGAGGAGCUCCUUCAGCAACAUGAUAUUUCAUCCACAGUACAGGAAGGAGAAGAUCAGUCUUUCUAAACACAGCCAUACGUAACACUCUUUUUUUUUUCUUGCUGUGCAAGAUGUACGCUUAUUGUGCAAUAUGUAUGUUUAUUUAUGUUAUUCAUUUUACUUUUGUAUUACCUUUAUGUUAUUAUUAAUAAUGAAACUUUUUUAUUACAUGUUAUUUAAUUGUGCAAUAUGGAUGUUUAUUUUUGUUAUUUUUACUCAUUUUACUUUUUUGUUACCUUAUUUUCAUCGUGCAAUAUGUUUAUUUGUUAUUAUUUAUUUUACUUUUUUUUAAACCUUUUAUUUCAUUGUGCAAUAUGGAUGUUUAUGUUAUUUUUUUUUUGUAUUACCUUAAAUUUCAUUGUGCAAUAUGAAUGUUUGUUAUUAUUAUUUUUACUUAAUUAACUUCAUUUGUUAUUAUUAUUCAUGUUAUUGUUUUAUUACCUAUUAAUUCAUUGUGCAAUAUGGAUGUUUAUUUAUGUUAUUAUUUACUUUUGUAUUAUCUUUUAUUUAAUAAUGGUGUUUAUUAUUUGUACAUUGUGCUAUCUAUUGGUGUGCAAUAUAUGUGUAAAGGUGUUUAUAUCUUUAAUUCUAUAUUACCUUGCUCUUACCGUAGUAUAAACAUGGAACUAAUGAUAGAAGGCAAGAACAGAACAAAACACUCUUAAAAGUGACAGGCAGGUUUGUGUGUGUAUGUAAUAAAUGUUUCAUAUUUUCUGCACAGUAUACAUACACACACACACACAUAUAUAUAUAUAUAUAUAUAUAUAUAUAUAUAUAUAUAUAUAUAUAUAUAUAUAUAAGCUUGAGGCAGUCACCACAGUUGACAUACUCCACACAAAAGUCACAAUUUUGCUGAAAUUGUUCCCAAGCUAAUAGAGAUUUUGGCAUUAUGAGACUAAUAAAUUUUUUUUGCGGUCGUUCUGUGAAUUUGUUCACGUUUAUUGCGCCAUCUAGUGUAUAUUAGAGUGUCAACACUGCAAGAAUGUUGACAGCAGAGUGCAUCAAAUAUGGCCGCAUUAUUGUUGGCUGACAAAAUAAAAGCACAUGUGUUGACAACGGAGUGCAUCAAACACGGCCGCAAUAUUGUUGGAUGACAACAUAAAAGCAGAGAGCUGCGGUGUGGUAAAAUGCGGUCGAGAUCUUGUUGCAUGAAUGUUGACAGCAAUGUUGGAUGACAAAAUAAAAGCAUGAACAUUGAUAGCCGAGUGCAAAUUGUUGGAUGACAAAAUAAAAGCAUGGACGUUGACAGCGGAAUUUCUCAAAUACGGCCGCAAUAUUGUUGGAUGACAAAAUAAAAGCACGAAUGUUGACAGCAAUAUUGUUUGAUGGCAAAAUAAAAGCAUGAAUGUUGACAGCAGAGUGCAUUAAAUACGGCCGCA